AUGGGUGGCUUACUUCCUGGCGGGGACUCGGUAAGAGCAGUAAAAGAUUUCAGACGACAAGCCGUCACCGCUCAGAAGUGGCCUACACAAGUCGAAGCUGACCAUCAGAUCUCCUUCUCAGCAGCCGAUACUCGCGGCAUCAGCAUGCCGCAUAAUGAUCCACUCCUCAUUGAUAUUGGAAUUGGCGAAUUCCAGGUCACGAAAGUUCUCGUCGACACUGGCAGCUCAGUCGAUCUUAUCUUUCGAGAUACGCUUGACAAGAUGGGGAUCGACCUACGCGACAUGAAGCCCUCUUCACACACUCUCACGGGGUUCAACGGUUCCUCAGAACAGAUGAUCGGGACAAUACGUCUUCCGGUUUACGCAGGGGACUGUGUAAAGUUUCUCGGGAAAGACGAAAUAACACAAACGAUCCAUGGAGACCAACGAGCUGCGAGGGAGCUGCUUAUAGCCGCAGUCAAAUUACAACAGUCGGUUUCUCUCGUCAACUCAGUCGCCAAAUCAAUUCAUAAGAUCUAUCCCCAGAAGGAAGAAUUCCGGGACGUCCGCAUUGAUGAAGCCGAUCUGACGAAAGUCAUACGCGUUGGAGCCUUCCUUUCCGACGAGAUGCAAUCACAGGUCAUCUCCUUCCUCAAAGCAAACGCUUCGACUUUUGCAUGGACAACUUCGGAUAUGAAGUGGAUAGACCCCGCCGUAGCGUCCCACGAGUUGAACAUCAACCCUACGUUCAAACCUAUUCGGCAGAAAAGACGGAAGCUCGGACCUGAGCGGUCUAAAGCUGUGAAUGAAGUAGUCGACAGACUGCUCGAGGCAGGCUUCAUUGCCGAGGUUCGGUAUCCAGAAUGGUUGGUGAAUCCUGUGGUAGUAAAGAAGAAAAUCGGGAAGUGGCGCAUCUGUGUCGACUUCACUGAUCUAAACAAAGCUUGUCCCAAAGACAGCUUCCCACUUCUUCACAUCGAUCGUUUGGUAGAGUCGACAGCCGGUAACGAACUGUUAACCUUCAUGGAUGCCUUCUCAGGGUACAAUCAAAUCCUAAUGCAUCCGGACGACCGCGAGAAGACAGCCUCAAUAAUGUACAUGGGGACUUAUUGCUAUAAAGUCAUGCCCCUCGGCUUGAAGAAACGCAUAACCUACCAACGUUUGGUUAACCGAAUGUUCGCAAAUAAACUCGGCGACACUAUGGAGGUUUACAUCGACAACAUGCUGGUCAAGUCACUCCACGCCGAAAACCACCUCGACCAUUUGAGGGACUGCUUCAGAACGUGGAACGAGUUUAGGAUGAAACUCAACCCGGCGAAGUGCACCUUCGGAGUCACCUCAAGCGAAUUCCUGGGCUACAUUGUUACCCAACGAGGCAUCGUAGCGAACCCCAAGCAAAUAACAGCAAUCCUCCACCUCCCGAGCCCAAGGAACAGCCGAGAAGUCCAACGCUUGACAGGGAGAAUAGCGGCCCUCAACAGAUUCAUCUCGCGAUCAACUGAUAAGUGCCUCCCUUUCUAUGAACUCUUACGCGGAAAUAAAAGAUUCAUCUGGGACGAAAAAUGCGAAGAAGCGUUCAAUCAAUUGAAGCACUAUCGCACCUUUGGCUUCGUAGCAUCAAACAACGAAGCCGAAUACGAGUCUCUCAUUGCGGGGCUCCGUCUCGCUAAAGCAGUCAAAGCUAACCGAAUCAGCGCAUAUUACGACUCCCAACUCGUGGUAAGCCAAUAUCUUGGCGAUUGCGAUGUCAGGAAUGAUAGGAUGGAUGCUUACUUAAAGCUCGUCAAGGAUCUCACACGGGAUUUCGAGUUCUUCGAAAUCACGAAGUGA